AUGUUCAAAACCGCCGGCGGCCCUGGGGCCAGAAGUGGCAUUUUGACAAUUAAUGGCAGUGAAUUAAUCACUCCGACAUAUUUUGCAUCAACAAGAAGAGGCGCGAUCCCCCACCUGACGCCGGAUAAUUACCCCGCUGUACCUCUAGCGACUGUAUACAACGAAGACUUCCAUGAAGCACUCUCCCCUUCAUCCAAACGAUCUGAGUGCUUUAUGAAGCGUGAAUACCUCGUCCUCAACGCCAAGGGGGUGUUUUCGUUGUCGAGCCAUCAUUUCGGCGACCGAGAAAAGAAGGUGAAGAACGAUGUCGACAACAACUUCGCGAUCACCCUGCACACCAUGCACGGCGGAAACAGUCACCCUGUGUCCGCGUUGGCGAAUGACAUGGUCAAUACCAAGGUUGAUUUUGUCGUCGUGCCACAUGACAGUGCUUCCCUGUCGCAGGGCUCGCGUAUAGGCAAGAAUCGAGUGCGCAAAAUGGAAACCCGCACAUUGGAGUGGAUCAAGCUGUUCCGAGCGACCGUCGAUAAAAAUGCCCCCGGCACCCCGGUUGUUGCGACAAUUAAUAUGGAACUCAGCACGCCUGCGUUUCUGAGCAGCAUCGAUUCGAUGGUUGACGGGUACUUUUUGAUCCCCAGCGAUUCCCGCCUUGCAGACAACGUAGUGCCGGUGCCCGAUACUACAAAACUAAGAAUCUGCGGAGCAAAAGUUUCGUACUUUGAUAUGCUCGAUCUGAUUGGCAAGGGCAUUGAUGUGCUUGAAACCCAGAUCGACCAGUACAGCGAGGCAGGCGUGGCCCUGACCUUUGAUCUCAACUGUACCUCUCGGCAAUUUUCCAUUGAUCUCAAUGACAGCUGCUACACCACCGACAUGUCUACUCUGGGCGACACCCGCUUUGCCAAAGCCUAUUUGCAUCAUCUUCUCAACGCACGGGAAAUGACUGCCCAAGUUGCUCUACAGAAACACAAUUUAGAAGUUGUCGAUAAGUUCUUUUCGGACAUCCGCAACGCAAUCGAGGACGGUACGUUUGACACUAAAGCUGCAAACUUCAAAUCACACUACAACUAA